CGCGGCGGCUGCACCACCUCGCAGCUGCCGGCCGCAUCCCGCAGCCCGGAACCCGGCCUCUCAGCCCGCCGCGGGGCCUUCCCUGCGGCCUCGGGAGUCCGCCUCCCGCAGCGCAACGACACUGCUCACCACCUCGGCCAGGCGCCGGGGGGGACCAUGGCCCAGCGGGUGAGGCGCAGUGGGUCCCCCACGCCGGCAGGCUCCCUCGGGGGCGCUGCGGGCGCUCCGGCGGGGGCGGCCGGGAGCCGCCUGCAGCCCAUGAGAGCGACGGUCCCGUUCCAGCUGAAGCAGCAGCAGCAUGGCAGCCCCACGCGGGGCGGCGGCGGCAACAACGGCGGCUGCUGCGGCGGCGCCUCGGGCCCCUCAGGCGGCGGCGGCCCGCGCACCGCCUCGCGCAGCACCAGCCCCACGCGUGGCGGCGGGAAUGCGGCCGCGCGCACCAGCCCCACGGUGGCCACGCAGACGGGCGCGUCCGCGACGUCCACACGCGGCACCAGCCCCACGCGCGGAGGCGCGCCCGGGGCUCGCGGGAGCCCCCCACGGCCGCAGCCCCCGCCGCCGCUGCUGGGCACUGUGUCUUCGCCCAGCUCGUCGCCCACCCACCUGUGGACUGGCGAGGGGAGCGCGGCCCCACCCCCGGCCCGCGUCCGGAACCGGAGGAGGUCGCCGGAGCAGAGCCGAAGCUCCCCAGAGAGCAGGAGCCCGAGCGCCCCGGUUUGCAAAGCAGGUGACAAAACACGACCGCCUGCCUCAAGCCCAUCUAGUAUUAUCCGUCGCACUUCCUCUCUGGAUACACUUGCUACCCCGUACCUUGCAGGGCACUGGCCUCGGGAUAGUCACGGGCAAGCUGCUCCUUGUAUGAGAGACAAAGCUACACAGACAGAGAGUGCAUGGGCUGAAGAAUACUCUGAAAAGAAGAAGGGGUCUCACAAGCGUUCAGCAUCCUGGGGCAGUACAGAUCAACUUAAGGAGAUUGCCAAAUUACGCCAGCAGUUGCAGAGGAGUAAGCACAGCAGUCGCCAUCAUCGAGAGAAAGAAAGACAGUCUCCGUUCCAUGGCAACCAUGCUGCUAUUAACCAGUGUCAGGCUCCCGUUCCAAAGAGUGCACUUAUCCCAGUGAUUCCUAUCACCAAAUCAACAGGCUCCCGGUUCCGCAAUAGUGUGGAAGGACUGAAUCAGGAAAUUGAAAUAAUAAUUAAAGAGACUGGGGAAAAGGAAGAACAACUUAUACCACAAGAUAUUCCAGAUGGCCAUCGUGCACCUCCGCCCCUUGUGCAGAGAAGUAGCAGCACCCGUAGCAUCGACACGCAGACCCCCGGCGGGGCAGACAGGGGAAGCAACGACAGCAGCCGCUCUCAGUCUGCGUCUCCCACAUCGUUCCUCACCAUCUCCAACGAGGGUAGCGCAGAGAGCCCUUGUACCACGGAUGAUUUGCUUGUGGAUCCCAGGGAUAAAGAGAAUGGAAACAACUCUCCUUUGCCCAAGUAUGCAACUUCACCAAAACCUAACAACAGUUACAUGUUCAAAAGAGAACCUCCUGAGGGCUGUGAAAGGGUCAAAGUCUUUGAGGAAUGCUCGCCAAAACAACUUCACGAAAUCCCAGCCUUUUAUUGUCCUGACAAAAAUAAGGUGAAUUUCAUUCCUAAAAGCGGCUCUGCUUUCUGCCUUGUCAGCAUCCUUAAGCCGCUCCUUCCCACACCAGAUCUUACCCUCAAGGGCUCUGGCCACAGCCUGACAGUCACCACGGGCAUGGCGACCACUCUGCUGCAGCCCAUCGCUGUUGCCUCCCUGUCUACAAACACAGAGCAAGACCGAGUCUCCCGAGGAACCAGUACAGUCAUGCCAUCGGCAUCUCUACUCCCACCACCAGAACCAAUUGAGGAAGCGGAAGGGUAGGUCCCAGGGCUGCGAGGCCAUUGUUGCGGGCAACUUGAGAACCUCUUCACGUCACUUGAUGAUGAUGGCCUAAUGUGCUCCCUGCCAGCCGCGCCACACUCCAGCUUCCCGCAGCGACCUGUCAGCCGGGCUCCUGGAAGAAAGCCGCCCCGUGGGCUCUGCUCACUUGCCAGGGCCAUCCUGCAGUGCUUAGCCUGCUGUUUCUUCAAGCUCUGGUUGAAACAAGAAAGGUCUCUUUCUUCACUUUUAGAGGGCCGAUAUCACAUUGUUUUUUGCUCUCAAAUUAAACUGCUUUAAAAACAAAAACAAAAACGAAUCCCUGCAAACAUGAUUCCUAAGGGAGAUGUGAAUGAUGCUGCAAGAACCAUCUUUUAUAUGAAAAUGACUUUUUUAUAAUACCAAUGUUACAUUUUCUGACACAUGGCAAACAGGAAGUUCAUAAGAUUGUUUGGUGGCCUCUGUUUCUUGUUUCCCUUUCUAGAUGUGUGCUUUUCUCAGCUGUUUCCAGCUUUGGGACCAAAGGGAUUAUUGACAUUUCCCAGCAGUCUAAAUCUCAUGACUAUAUUCCUCUCCCAAACAAGAAUUGGUAGGUAAAUGCAUUGAGCAAAUAUAUAAAAAGAGACAAAAAGCAAUAUUAGUACAUUGUGUGAUUUAUGUUUUUUGAUGUCAGAAGUUUGUGCUCUGGGUGAAAUAUUUGUAAAACUGCUGUUUCUUCACUACUCCUGUACACAUUCACCAUGUGGUCAGAAAAAGUACAGUUUGGAGACAGGUGUAUUAAUAUGUUCUCACCCAUAAUUGGAAAUUGGUUUAAAAGUCAGUAAGCCAAAAGGAGACUACCCAGUGUUGAUUGCUAGCUAUGAGUAAAGAGCCCUUUUGGUUUUCUGUGAUAUACUUAUCAUAUGACCCCUCUUCUUUACCACAGGUGUCAUUCUACCUUUAAUCAUCAUCACUGUAUCAUAGGCCCAAGAGAUCCGAAAAUGACUGUGCAUGGAUUUCCUCCUUUGCUUUUGUGAUGUUGUUGUCUUGUGGACUUGGUCAGGGUCAGUAGCUUACCAGGAGUGUAAUCCAUUGAAUAGCGAUCCGUAGUCACAGAAUCUUGCAACUGACGUUUCUUUAUGGUGGCUGGUACUGAGAUAUGUUGCCUACAGAUUUUGCACAGUGGGGAAAACAGGCAAGGAGAACUUUGGAGCAUAGUAAACAACAGGAACCUUUGAAAAAUCCAAACAAUUUUGGGUUUACAUUCAUCCUGAUACAAUCACUGCCAAUAUCACACGACAACAGUAUUUCAUGUCCGAGUGUGUGGUAGUGAACUUGAAGAGCAGCUCUUUUCAAAAACAAGCUUCAACAAAGUAUUAAUAAGUAUCCUUCUAAAAUCUUUAUACACUACCUAUGGUGCAAUAAUUUAAUGUUCCUAUACAUAUGAUAGGGAGAAAAAAAAUACUUGUAAAAGGGAUACAGGUUAGAAGGUUAAUAUGUCAGUUUGUCCAGACAUACAUCAUCAAAGAAAACCUAGUGGUAGCAAUAAAUCUUCUGAAAGGAUUUCUUAUACUCAUGCAUCUUUAAAACAUUCAAGUAAUUAAGAAUGUGCCCUGAUAAGUAUAAAAUGGAGAUGUAUUUAGGCAAAUUAGAUAAAUUCAAACAUUUGAAUAAGUCUCUCAGGUUUCAGUUGAUAGGACCAGUGAAUUUUGGUUCCCUUUCCAUCCAAAACUAAUUUACUUGAAAUUAGUACAUUGUGGCUUCUAAAUCAGUAAAAGCUUAGAAUAGGGUCUAAAUUUUCUGGUUGGUUGGUUUUUUGACAACCUUAAUUCCUGACCUUUCUAGUUUGCUAUUUCACCAUUGAGAACCUCUCUAUCAAAUGUGUGGAAGAAAAGGUAAAACUGAAAUCAUGUGAUUUGGUAUGAAUGGUAGAAUGAGGAAGUUAAAAAAUAUCCUCAGUUUGUAGAUUACUUGAAUUCUGUUAAAUUUUUGUUCUUUUCCUUGCCUUAACACUUCUUCUGUCUCCAUUCCUCUAAGUCACAGGGGUAUUUUACAACUAGAAUGUCACUUUCAUAAAGCUUUCCUUUUUACCCUGUUGUGCAGAUUUGUCUAGUUCACAUCUUUCUGCAGUUUCAUAUAUCCUUAAUCUAAAGUAAUUUUAAAUCAGAAUGUGAAAACAAGUUACAGGUUUAUUAUUUACAUAUUCUUAUAUGUGGACCUUUUAAUGUUUGGUUGUAAGGAGAAUGUGAAUUUUCGGGUAAAUGAACUGUAUGGCAAAUAUAUCCCUUAGGUUUGGGAGAAAUAGAGCCUGAGAUUUGAAGGAAAAAAACAGAGUGAAAGAAAAGAAAGGCACAAGGUACAAACAACUCUAACUGCCAGUGCCAAAGGGCUAAAAUUUAAGCAUAUGAGCUUUAUCGUGGUCUUGAAAAAAUAUUAACCAUCAGUCUGGUCAGCUCUUUUAUCUUAACCCUUAGUUCACAGGUGGUUGUUUUUUUUUCUUUUAUGGAUCUAUGCUCAAUACAUAAUAUUUUCUAAAAUUACAUUCCAUAAUUAUCUUGUUAUUCUGUAGAAAAUUGUACAGAAGUUUUAAAAAUUAGAACUUCAAUGGGAUUACAAUUUAAACUUUGAAAGAUUUUAAAUAAAUUUACUUCCAUUGCAGUAAAAGAAAUAGCUAGCUUUAUAUUUUGGCAAGUGGAGCUAUCUCUGGUUAUUCCCUUUGUCAGUUUUAAGUUCUUUUUUACUCCUAAACAACUUUUUGUUCUGAUAAAAAAUAUUAAUUUACUGUUUGUGAGCAUGACUAAGUCUAUUACUUGUCAGGGCUUUUGUGGGCAAUUGUGGUUUAUUUUGCCUCUGGUUAAUAAUGGUGAACAUGGAUGCCAAAAUUAUUUUUGAACUAGAUUCUUCAUUUUGUUUAAGAUAGCCCUUAGAUCAGCCAGAUCAGCCCUUCAGAAGGUGCUGUUGCUAACUGUGGAAUAACUGGCAACAAGAAAGCCUUCUUUUCUCUUUUUAUUGGUUGGCUUUUACUGGAAGAAAAUAUAAGAAAAUGGCAGAAUUUGCAGCCUUCUGUAUGUCCAAGAUUAGGAUGGGGUUGUUAAAGGAAAUAAAAGAAAGAUUGCCUCUACUGAAUUUACUUUAUUUACUGUUCUAAACUUAAGAUUCAUUCCAUAAUGCUUGGAAUUUUGAUGGCUCAAAAUGGAUCAGUGGAAGUGCUGCAUUUGCAUUAAAAAAGCUAAGAAUAGGUAACUCUGCACUUUAAGGUUUAAGUUUUACUCUGCCUAAAUUAAUGAUAAGCAGAGCAGCCCUGAACAAUACUUUUUUUAUACAAUCCUGUUGAAGAACAUAAUUUAUGUUUUUUUAAAAGUCUAUCUUUCAUCUCUGUUAAAGCUGUGUAAAUCUUUUUAAAAUGCAAUUUUUAAAAAUUUUGUUUUUUCUAAAGCUAGACUCUUCCCCAAAAAACAGCAUUUCCAGUGGUGACAAGUAUUGUUACUAUGUACUUAUGUAUACCCUGUAUCUGAACACUUGUUGCUGCAAAAACAAGAAAAUAGAACUUUUAUGUUAAAAAAUAAAGUCUGUUCUUCUUGAGUUUU